AUGCUCAGUUCCAUCAUCAUCCUAGGAGUGGAAGGCCGUCGGCCCCGAGCCUCCGCCGUGGACUUCGAGGACGAUUACACACACUUUGCUUGCAGAAAUACUUAUCAGAGCUUUAAUGGAAUGGAUCGUGACUAUGGCCAUGGAUCCUGGGGGGGUCCAAGAUCCAUGGACUCCUACCUAAACCAGUCAUAUGGCAUGGACAGUCACAGUGGUGGUGGUGGGGGUAGCAGGUAAAUUGCUUCAUCACUUGGCCAAAUAAUUAGAUGACUGUAAGAGUCUGGAUAUUCUGAUUUCCUAUUCCUUAGGCAUGUGAUGCUACUUGAACUUUGCUAUUUAGAACCACCUUAAAUGUUGAAAGGUGUUAGUGGUUCUAAAAAUUAUCUCAGCAUCACUGGCAGACAUUAGGAAAAUCUCAGGAAAACCUUUAUCAUUUCAUUAUAAUAGAGUAAGAUUUUCUGUCUUUAGCGGUGAGCAUUUUUUUUUCCUUCUUUUACCUUUAACUGCUUAUCAAUCAGAAUGUCCUGAACAAAUGAUAUAAAAAUGUUAUUGGAAAUAUUAUUUGUGAAGCUUUUUGUUAUGAAUCUCCAAAAAUCUUUACUACUGUGGGGUACUCUAUAAAGCAGCAAAGCAGUCUUUGACUAGAAUGGGUUUAACUGAACCAGUCUAGCAACAUUCAAUUUCUAAGAAACAUUUGAAAUAGUUAUUCUUUUAAUUUUAAAGUAAGUUACAAGAGCAUAUUGUAAUAAUAAAAGUGUUCUUUAAAUCAUGUCUAGAUUAUUUAUUGGCAGGUGCUGCUUAUACCAGAAACACUUGUGCUCUAGACUAGGAACAUUAUAUUAAAGCCAUGAGUAUGAUACCUUUGCUUAUUUUAAUGCAGUAGAAUUUAGAUUGUACUUAUGUUUCACUGUCAAUGCUGUGUAAAGCUUAAACCUAGUUGAACUCCUACAGGCUUUGGGUUGACCACAUUUCAGGUCAAGGGGGGUCUACUGUUGGAGGCACAAAGAUUCCUACUAGAUAUAAGUAAAACUAGUUAGGAAACAUUUGAAAGUGUUGUCCUUCUUCAUAAAUUGAAGGAUCUGGAUUCCUUAAGGAUGGACCGAAUGAUGCUUACUUUUCUUUUUUCUGCUUCAAGUGUGCCAUUAUGGUUUAUAGUAGAGAAAAGUCAAGAAGAUAGAUACAACAAUUUUGUUUACGUGAUAGAUGUUUUGAAAAAUGUAGUUGAAAAGAGGAAUAAUUUUUGUAUGGUUACUAGGAUUCAGAAGUAAAUAGUACCUUCUAUUUAGUGAUCUGUAAAUAAUUGAAGUAAUGUAACACAUUUAAAUGUUUUACCAUAUCUCUUCCUGCCCUAUUACAUUGUAAAUGUAACGUGCGUAAACUGUGUAGAUGUUAUCAUUUAUCUCGUGUAAUUGUGGGCCUUUAUAAAACUAUGUUGUAAGUUAAAGAAAAAAAAAUCUAUAUUAUAGGACUUAUUUUUUACCCAAACUAAGAUAUAUAUAUCCCAUAAAAACUAAAGGAAGUGGGAAAUCUUCAAUAUAAAAAGUAUACAAUUUUAUGUGGGAUAAAUAUAAAUCCAAAUGUUUAAUGUUAUGAAUAGGAUAAGAUAUAAUAGAGAACAGGUCAAUUUUGCCUAUUUUGAGCCAAUCCAUUUUGGCUCAGCACUAUUCCUUGAGUGUCCGUCAUGUUUAAGUCCCUGUACUGGACGCUUUGAUGAGUCACGAAUUUAACUGAUUAAUUCAUUUAUUUAUUCAUUCACUUUUAUAGUCUCCAGGGCUAAAUCAAGCUUAAGAAGGAGAAGGAAAUGGUGGGAAAAUAUACAUUUUUCCAUAGGAAUUUAACUAUUAAGUAGUCUACAUUCCUCCUAGAUUUCAUAAGGCUAAUUUUUAAAAGAACACCAUGCUAUUUGGGCCAAGUGGUUUCCAGACACACAGAGUAUGCCAGUUCAAACUCCCUAUCGAGGUGACAUCAGCAAAAAUAGUGGAGUAAGGACCUCAGAAAAUUCUCUCUUCCACAGAAGCAACAAGAAACUGGCUAAUGGUCAGAAUCAAAUGUUGCAGAACUCUGGAAAUUUCCCAAAGGCUUGCAACAAUCCGGGGAGUGUUUAAAAAGAAGGAGGAGGAGGAGAAAGAGGGGAAAAAACUGUUCAAUCUCAGUAAAAGCAAUGAGCUCUGUGGCAUUUUUCACUUGCCCUAGUCCCAUCUCGGACUCUCCUGCUUUGUGAUAUCCUUGAAAACCAACAGCCUGCAUUCAUGGUGAAGACCAGCAGCCCGACAGCCACUGGAAGGAACAGAAAGGGGCUGGAGCUCCUUCAAAGCUUCAUCCCCAGAGACUUACUAUAUGACCUGUUUGUUCCCUGGAAAAUCCCACUUGCAAGACUGACUUAACUCAGAGCUCAUUAAGUGUGAAAAACUUUUUCCCCAUAAACAUUUGUCGAAAACAAUUACAGGCAAUUACUUAACCUUGCAGCUGUCUGAGGUGAUGGAUACCAGUUGGGGGAAAACAUUAGACUAACAAAAAAUUAAAAACAGAAUGAGACAUACAGAGGGGCUUUGGGAAGCUUCUGAAUCAAGAAGGCCACAUGCAUGUAUAGGGUGGUGCACAUGCCCAGGGCUCUGUGCAUUGACAAGAAAGACCCGAAAAGGCCCUAAGCUCUCACCUCUGGAUGACCUUGAGAUUCUGUGCAAGGAAAGUGGAAGCUAAGGCAGAGUUGAAAAUGCACCCCCAAUAUGCACACAGAGCCUCUCACCAAAAACUGGGUUGCUUAUUGGUUCUAGGCAUUUAAGGAAAUUUCCAGGUCCUACCUUAUACCUUCUGAGCUUUGCAUGGAGGUAAGAACAAAGGAAAGAUCACAUGGGUGAUAAGACAGCCAAAAACUAUGAUGUCUCUCUAGAUUCCUGUUCCCAUUUCAGUUCAGGCCACUAAGGAUUUUCCUUACUUUAUUGCUAGCUCAGCCAUACAUUUAAAAAGAUGAUUUUUACAUUUAGUACAGUGGCUUUUAGAGAUUUUGUAGUGAAAAGAUUUAAAAGAAUAUCUAUAAUACCAUAUUGCCAGAAACACAACUCCACCUAGCUUUUGAGAUAUUAUUGUCGUCCUUAGGAAGGUUCUACCUACACUGUCAUUUCUUAUCUGACUAUAGUAAGGAGGAAAAACUUAUUAUGUUGACUGCAGUGAUACAUUGUUGGGGAAUCCUGCUUGUGUUUCUCUACUGUUCAACCUCAGAGCCAGGCUUGAACCGGCUGCCGGUUUUCUCUUCUUAUCCUUGAAGAGCCCCAGAAACUCCGCACUUUCCUCUCUCUCAGUAGCUGACUCUACCUACUUCUCUUGUCACAAAUCUCUCCAACUUCCAUAUUCUUUGCUCCGCAAAAAAUUUAUAUUUGUCUUAAGGACUUUACUAUUACUCACUAGAGGAGAAUAAUUAGAUAGCAAAAACAUGAUCAAUAUGAGAAAUUUACAGGCAUUUCAUAAUUUUACAAAUCAUGGUUCUCAUUUCCUUUUAGGAUGAUUUUUGUCUUCCAAUUUUAUUCUCUUAAAGAGUUGUUCUAUAGUUAGAUGAAGACCACAGGAACCCUUCCCCCUAAACCACAGAUGUAAGGGUUUGUGG